CAGCCGCUGCAUAUAAUGGCAGCUCCGUCCUUCUGCGCUUCACUUCCUCCUUCUUCCUUGUUGAUUCUCGAACUCUUUGUGCAGAACUAAGUCGUCAUCAUGUCUGAUGUGCAGAAAGCCAUGGCACUCCUCAUUGGUGCCUUCCACAAAUACUCUGGCAAGGAGGGAGACAAGUACACCCUGUCCAAGGGAGAGCUCAAGGAUUUGCUCAAUGCAGAGUUGGGAGACAUUUUUGGAAAAAACACAGAUCAGAAAGCUCUGGACAAGAUCUUCAAGGAUCUUGAUGCUAACGCCGAUGGUUCAGUGGACUUCCAAGAGUACGUCACUCUGGUGGCCUGUCUCACCAUGCUCUGCAAUGACUUCUUCAAGGACCAGAAGAAAUGAACAGAGAAUAACACCUGUUAGAUGUUAAUGUACCACCACAUCCCAAAUCCAUUAUGUAAAAAUGUUAGAUUAAUCCAUAGGCAGAAAUGUUUUUGGCAUUCUCAUCUGAUGAUGAAUGAGUAAGUACAAAAAGGUGUGAAAUAAACUAUUUUAAUAGAA